CUCCCUGCAACUGAGGCUCACCACCGGCCCGCCUCUCUCCCACUGGUGCGCUCCUCUCCGUUCCUUGCUCGUUGAGCGCUUUCGCCGAUUCUCCACAACGCGAGACUUUCUUGUUCCCGUCAGAAGAUGGAGCUGGGCACCAUUCUGAACGCGCGAUUAACAGUCCACGCAGGUACAGGAGACUACUUCGGCAUGCAACGCGCGAUGCAGCACGACAUGCAGCAGCAGCACUUCGGUGCUGCGCCGUACAUGAACGGCCACAUCAAGUCGGAGACCGGCUCUGAGCGUGGCGUGUCACCCCAUCCCUCCGACUCGUCGCGGUACUCGUCACAACAACCACAGCAGCAGCUGCCUGCGUAUCCCCAGAUGGCCGCACAGCACAUGAACGGCAUGCGCUACCCCUCGCCGACCCAGAUGCAGGCUGCCAUGCCCAUGCUCAACAAUAACAACUACAUUCCCCAGCCCCCGGACCACGCGUACGCGCAACCCCAGCAGCAGAUGCAGGAGCAGAACCAGCAGCACGGCGGACGCGCCGCCGGCGACAAUGGUCCCCCCAAGGCCUUCGCGUGCUCGACAUGUGGUAAAGGCUUCGCGCGACGCAGUGACCUUGCACGUCAUGAACGUAUUCACAGUGGCAUCCGUCCUCACGUGUGUGACUACCCCAACUGCGGUAAGCAGUUCAUCCAGCGCUCCGCCUUGACGGUCCACCAACGCGUCCACACCGGCGAAAAGCCUCACAUGUGCGAGCGUUGUGGCAAGCCCUUCAGCGAUUCCAGCUCUCUGGCUCGCCAUCGCCGCAUCCACUCCGGUAAGCGACCGUACAAGUGCCCGUACGCCGACUGUCAGAAGACUUUCACGCGUCGUACCACUUUGACUCGCCACCAAAAUCAUCACACUGGUACUGUCGAGGAGGCUGCUGCUGCCACCGCUGCUGCCCUUGCUUCGCGUGCGGCCGCACCCAGCAGAACUGGCCGCUCAGAUGGCGGUGACUUCUCAGAAACCGCGUCGCCGUUGAACACACCGUCCCCUAACGACCGCACUCUGUCUCUCUCCCCCGCCAAUGGCAUGCCCGCCGGUGUCGUCCCUGCUAUGCACCGUCAAGCUUCUGACUACGCGUACAUGGGCGGCAUCAACGUCCCUCCCCACAUGCGCAGCGAGAUGCCCCAGCAGAGUCCGCGCGCUUCCCCAGCGCUGACAUCGCAAUCGUACACCUCCAGCGUGAGCAACUCUCGCCCCACCAUCACCUCGCAUCCAAGUGCAUACGGUCCACCGCCCACUCUCGAGCCACCAGCAUCUGCCAACCACAACCAGUCUGGUACUAACAGCGCCAACGGCAGCCCUCACAUGGCUAACAUGGGCUGGCAAUCACCUUCUCAGCAGGCUCUGCCCUCACCUGGAGCUGCUGACAACGGCUACGUAUACCCGGAGCCGCAGUACGGAAACACUCAAAACAGCAUGUAUUACCAGAACCACAACAUCCGCCGUCCGAACAGCACGGAGCCCGACCACUACAACCCAAACCAACAGAGGAUGGGUAAUGAGAUGUGGGCACCCGCUGUGCAAUAGAUCGCUUGCUCUCCCCUUGUACCAAUAGCACUUUGAGUCGCGAUUUCCAUUACAUCGGUGUUUUGGCAGGACCUAUACCCCUGUGUUCUCAAAAAAUUUCCUUCCUGUCAGCUGGCGUGUUAUCUUGUUUGAUCAGUCCUUCUGCAUGGCGGUUUUCAUGGGUCUCACGGGUCUUGACAGUGCGUUUUUCGAUCUGUCGGCGUGGAACUUUCCUUUGUACUCACAACUUAGCCGUCACUACUAGUGCGGCUUCUUUCCAUCUUGGUCGGAUCUGGUUCGAGGA